AUGGAUCGCCAGUCUGCCCAGUACUUCUACCAGAAGCAAGCGCGCAAGGCAGCACGAGAGAUGGGCACACCCUCGCCUCCAGAUGGUCGCUCGCCCAUGUCACAUCAGGCUCAAGCGAGCUACUUUGCCGCGCCAGCUCCUGCAAGGCAGCAAGCAAGACAACCGUAUAAUCCCGGUAUGCGCAGCAGUCCAUCCUUUCCACCCCCUGCCUAUACACAACAGCCCACAGCUCAGUAUGCACCUCAGCCUCAACGCAGCGCGCGCUCCAACGCACCUCGCGAGCUCGUCUUACCCGCACGACAGGCAGCCGCAUACGUCCGCCCGCCCCUUGCAAGCGCGGCCAGUGCGACUUCAACUCUCGUCGGUUCGCCGGACUCGCGCAAUGGCAGCUACAAGAAUGCAGCGCUAGCCCAUCGCGACGAUUUCGACGACAAGCACGCUGAUCCUGAGAACGAUCGCUUCGUCCUUGCAGGCGAGAAGAAUACUCGCGCCGUGCUCAAUAACGAAGAGACUGGACAAGACCGCUUCUGGAAACGAUUCUCAGUCGCGCAGAAGACUUCGCAACAACAAAAUGCGAAUGGGGGAUGGCUUGAGGCCGAGCAGCGUAAGACGCAAGGCUUCGUCAAGUGGGUCUGGCUAGCCGGUCUCCUCAUCCUUGUCGUCGUCGGCGCAACGCUCGCGUAUCACUUUACACACAUGCCCAAGACAGGCGGCGUCAUCGAGCCACCUACACAGCACAACUUUAAUCUCGGCCCAGCGACGACGACAGCUUUACCUCAGACGACUCAGGCGCUGGACGCCGAUCUCGUACUCGGCAAACGACACCUAAGUAAUGACUUGCGAAAGCGACACCGCGGUCAACACCGCCUUUCUUGA